UGCAGUUUGAAAGCAGAUUCAGGCCUGGAGGCGUCUUUGGAAGCCACUCAGUUCCGGGUCCUAGCAAAGUGGAACUACAAGUCCCAGAAUCCUUAGAGGAGGCCGUAGUCAAGUUGCCGGUGGAAUUGGCCCAGGAUGACAGCUGGAGAAUGGAGUCAGUUAUGUCCAAGUAUGAAAACCAGAUUAUUAUUUUCCCUGACUACCUGGAAGAAUUCCCGGAUACAGAUGAGUUGGUGUGGAUUCUGGGGAAGCAGCAUCUCCUUAAGACAGAAAAAUCUAAGCUGUUGUCUGAUAUAAGUGCUCGUCUAUGGUUUACAUACAGAAGGAAAUUUUCCCCGAUUGGGGGAACAGGCCCUUCAUCUGAUGCUGGAUGGGGAUGUAUGCUGCGCUGUGGGCAGAUGAUGCUGGCUCAAGCCCUCAUCUGCAGACACUUGGGAAGGGAUUGGAACUGGGAGAGACAAAAAGAACAACCCAAAGAAUACCAAAGGAUACUGCAGUGUUUCCUAGAUAGAAAAGACUGUUGCUAUUCAAUCCAUCAGAUGGCACAGAUGGGUGUAGGAGAAGGGAAAUCAAUUGGCGAAUGGUUUGGACCAAACACAGUUGCACAGGUGAUAAAAAAACUCGCUUUAUUUGAUGAAUGGAAUUCCUUGGCUGUUUAUGUCUCCAUGGAUAACACAGUGGUCAUUGAAGAUAUCAAGAAAAUGUGCUGUGUUCUUCCUGUGGGUGCUGCUGACACAGCUGGUGAUUUUCUGACUGCAUCCAAUCAGAGUAAAGGCACCUCUGUCCCAUGCUCAGCCUGGAAACCCCUGCUGCUCAUUGUGCCCCUUCGCCUGGGCAUAAACCAAAUCAAUCCUGUGUAUGUUGAAGCAUUCAAAGAGUGUUUUAAGAUGCCACAGUCUUUAGGGGCUUUAGGAGGAAAGCCAAAUAACGCCUAUUAUUUCAUAGGAUUCUUAGGAGAUGAGCUCAUUUUUUUGGACCCUCACACAACCCAGACUUUUGUUGACAUUGAAGAGAGUGGACUAGUAGACGACCAGACUUUUCAUUGCCUGCAGUCUCCACAGCGGAUGAGUAUCCUGAACUUGGAUCCUUCUGUGGCCUUGGGAUUUUUCUGCAAAGAAGAGAAAGACUUUGAUAAUUGGUGUAGCCUUGUUCAGAAGUUGCAAGAGGAGGAAACGAAGAUGAAAACGAACCUGUCAGAUGUGGAGAACUCAACAUAA